CCGGUCCACUGCCGGGUGGAGGGGCAAGGCGAGUGUCCUUAUCCUAGCGAUUGGGGCCCGGGCCUGGGAGCCAGUUGGAGUCGCGGCAGCGUGAACGAUCGGGCCGAGCGGAAGCAGACAUGUUGCUCUUCGUGGAGCAGGUGACAUCUAAAGGCACUGGUUUAAAUCCUAAUGCCAAAGUAUGGCAAGAAAUUCCUUCUGGAAAUCCAGAUGGCACUCCUGUAACGGAAAGCACUUGGCAUGAAACUGCAGCCACAUCUGGAUCUCAUCCUGAGGGUAAUCCAGAACUUUCAGAAGAUAUGUGCAAGGAGUAUGAAGUCAUGUAUUCUCCCGCUUGUGAAACCACAGGAAAUACUACAGACAUCGAAGAGUCAGCUGAUGGAAUGAUUUUAGGACCAGAAGAUCUGAGUUACCAAAUAUACGAUGUUUCUGGAGAAAGCAGUUCAACAAUUUCUACAGAAGAUUUAAAAGAAUGUCUGAGAAAACAAUUAGAGUUCUGUUUUUCACGAGAAAAUUUAUCAAAGGAUCUUUACUUGAUAUCUCAAAUGGAUAGUGAUCAGUUCAUCCCAAUAUGGACAGUUGCCAACAUGGAAGAAAUAAAAAAACUGACCACAGAUCCAGAUUUAAUUCUUGAAGUGUUGAGAUCUUCCCCUAUGGUACAAGUUGAUGAGAAGGGGGAGAAGGUGAGACCCAGUCAUAAGCGUUGUAUUGUAAUUCUCAGAGAAAUUCCUGAAACUACACCAGUAGAGGAAGUGAAAGCUUUGUUUAAAAAUGAAAACUGCCCAAAAGUCAUAAGCUGUGAAUUUGCACACAACAGCAAUUGGUAUAUUACUUUCCAGUCAGACACGGAUGCGCAACAGGCCUUUAAAUAUUUAAGAGAAGAAGUUAAAACAUUUCAGGGCAAGCCAAUCAUGGCAAGGAUAAAAGCCAUUAAUACGUUUUUUGCUAAGAAUGGUUAUCGAUUAAUGGAUUCUAGUCUGUAUACUCAACCCAUUCAGACUCCAACCCAAUAUCCCUCACCAGUCUUUAUGCAGCCAGUGUAUAACCCUCAUCAGCAGUACUCAGUGUAUAGUAUUGUGCCUCAGUCUUGGUCUCCAAGCCCUGCACCCUACUUUGAAACACCACUGGCUCCUUUCCCUAAUGGUAGUUUUGUGAAUGGCUUUAGUUCACCAGGAUCUUAUAAAACAAAUGCUGCUGCUGUGAACAUGGGCCGACCAUUCCAAAAAAAUCGUGCGAAGCCUCAUUUUAGGUCAUCCAGUGGUUCAGAACACUCAGCAGAGGGCUCUGUGUCAUUGGGGGAUGGACCAUUAAGCAAAUCUAGUUCAAGGAACUUUCUCUCUGAACGGCAUAACUCUACAGUAACAGGGAGUCAAGAACAAGCUUAUCUUCCAAAGGAAGCUCCCAUUUUACAGAUGGAACAGAACGGGGACCUUGUUAGAGGCAGGAGGGCUCUUUUCAGAGGUCGAAGGCGAAGAGAUGAUGACAGGGUCCCAAGACCUCAGCCUUCAACAACUGAAGUGAAGGCUCCAACACCAAAGUUUGACUUACUAGCUACAAAUUUUCCUCCCUUACCUGGAAGUUCGUCAAGAAUGCCAGAUGAGCUUGUUCUGGAGAAUAGAAUGUCUGAUGUUGUUAAAGGUGUCUACAAAGAAAAGGACAAUGAAGACUUGAGAGUUAGUUGCCCAGUUCCUGCAGAGGAUGAUCAGGCAGACAGUGCUUCUGCCCAGCAACUCAGCAGAAGUCCCGGUCCUUCGUGUCCAACUGAGCUUCCUGUGUUAAGCACAACUCAGCAAGAAAAGGAUCAACUGGAGGAUUCUACAGUUCCAAAGGAUGUUCUCAGUCAGAUGACCGUACCAGUUUCUUCUCCAGCUACUAUAAAGCCAUCAAGGGCAGACACUGCUUCACCUUGCAAUAGUAACAUCAGUGCACCCACUGCUGUGAAUCUACAGGAACCUCGAAAGUUAAGUUAUGCUGAGGUGUGUCAGAAGCCUCCUAAAGAGCCAUGUCCAGUUCCUGUCCAGCCACUACGGGAACUGAGAUCCAAUGUUGCGUCUCCCACCAGAAAUGAAGAGAAUGGAUCUCCUGAGAAGCCUGUUGAAAAAACAUAUGAGAAACCAGAAACAAGGGCUAGUAAGGAUCAUUCUGGCUUCCGCGGCAGUGCCAUUCCCAGGGGAGCAGCUGGAAAAAUCAGGGAACAGAGACGACAGUUUAGCCAUAGGGCUAUACCUCAGGGAGUGACUCGACGUAACGGGAAAGAGCAGUUUGUGCCACCCAGAUCACCAAAGUAAAACACAACCGUAACAGAAGCUACUCAGAAACUUCUCUCUUCCCACUAAACUUGAGCCUAUAUUGAACUGUCUUGGGGGGGAAGGAAGUAGCCAGGAAAGAUGGGAAGCAUGUCCUUAAACAUUAUGGAUUUUGGAAUUGUAAGAGGAACCCAAAAUUCAUCUCGAAAUGAUUUUCAAAUGCUGGAGGAUUCCAAUCAGUAUAAAUAUAUAUAAAUAUAUAUAUACACACACAUAUAUAUAAAUAUAAUUUUUCUAUUUUUGUUUUUGAUUUUAAUUUGCAGGGAUUUUCUGCCUGGAAUCAAUUUUGAAGGUUCAGAUUUAGCUUGGGAGAGAAAACAAAAAAACAUUAUACAUCCUUCAGUAUAGGAGAUGAGGGAGUGAGAGAAAAUAUUUUUUGAAGAAACAUUUCUGUAAAAAUUAGAAAUUACUUUUUUUAAUCUAUUUAAAGUUUGGCUUGAAGAAUUCCGUCUCUGACAAAUGGCCUUGUGUUGCAAAGCAGAUCAGUGGCUGGGGAUCUGUUCUGGGUGUGAGUGUGUGCAAAGUGAUUGAAGCCAAAUCUGUUGUCGUGUUAGUAAAUGAUUUAAAAACUGAAUGUAAUACUUGAGUAGACUUUUGUAGUUUGGAAUUUAGUUUGUUUUUUGACAUUACUAAUAUUGUAUUGUAUUGAGCUAGCUAUUAAGCUUGAUUGUGUGUGAAGCUGUGACUACCAAUCAGUUUGAUAUUCAAGAGAAGAAUAGAGAUUAUUCAAAAACAAUAGAAAAUUUCUGUUUUAGACCGGAAUACUGGAUAGGUCAAAUAGAUUUCAGAGGUUCAAACUGCCCUGUGACUUUUUUUAAAAAACUUUUCUCUUUAAAAUGGGAGACAAAUUUUUUUCUUACUUGUUAGUCUCUGUUCUUUGACUCUUCAACCCCAGAAGCAAAAUAACCAACCAUUUCCUGUGGUUUCUCACUACUUUGACCAAUUUAAUCAAAUCAUACAACUAUCCUAAACAUUAUAAUGGAUUACUGAAAGAUUUUAUUCUUCUAUUAAAGCAAUUUGAAUUUUAGAUCCCAGGAUGGUGCUGGCCUGCCAUUAAUUUAUUUGUAUUGGUGUUAAAAAUGAAGCAGAAUGCUUUUGGGUGUGGUGGCGUACAUCUCCAAUCCCAGCUUCUGAGGUCUAUGCCUGCCUGGUGUACAUGAGAUCCUGUCUAUCCAAGACUACCUAGUGAGAGACCCUCUUCCAAAGAAAUUAAAAAUAUAUAAGAAAGACAAUGUAACUGAUUUUUUUAAGUGGUAUAAAAGAAAAAAUUUCAAAAUCUAAUUUGGGGGACUUCUUUUUCUUUUUACAGUGUUUAUCAUCUUUCUUUCCCCUCCUUCCCUAAAAAAUACAGUUUGGAAUUCAUUGACUAAAAACAGCAAGUCGAGAAACUUGAGAUAAAGCAAGAAAAGUGGUUGAAGAAAAUAAAUGCAUAAUUUCUCAGUGAAAGUUGUAGCUGUCAUAUAUUAAAUAGGAAAGUUUACCUGCUGGUAUUUAGAAAACAGCUCAAAUAUGAAAAACCAUGUUGCAUUAAUCUGUCUUAAGUCAUAGCCUUUUUAUAGUUUUAUGUAGGGUGGUGGUUUAUUUUCUGCUUAGGGAUAGUUCAUAAUAGUAAGAACUGUCCCUUCUAUUAGUGAGUUAUGUUUGUACAAAUUGAAAUUGUAAGUUGUGAGCACUGGAAAGCACCAUUGUGACAUAAACAUCAUAGUAAUAUAUGUAAAUGGAAGUUAAAAUUGCAUUACUGUGAAACUUACCUUCCAACUCUUUUAUUAUUAAAAAGAAAUCAUUUUAUAUUUAUUCUUAAAUACAAUUAGUUUCUCUGAUUAUAACCCAUAAUCAGUGUCACCUACAAUAGAAAAAUCUCUACAGAACAACCACCCCAGGUGUGUGUGUGUGUUUGUGUGUGUCUGUGUGUCUGUCUCUGUCUCUCUGUCUCUCUCUCUCUCUCUCUCUCUCUCUCUCCAUUUCUAGGGCAGUUGUACUCAGAAAAAGCAGAGCUGAAUUUGUCAAAUUACUGUCUGUAUUUAGAGACUCUCAUGGAAAUAAGGGAGAGUCAGACACCAGAGUAAUAAAAUUAAAAGCUUUCCAUGAUGAAACCAUCUUGUGCACUAUUCUGAGCAGUCUUAGACGUUGGUCUCUCUGCAGAUUCUAGCUCUGAACAACAGCAGGCGCACUUGGGAACCAAUGGCUCAGUUCUCUUGCCAUACGGUUGGUCAUGGUGCAUUUCUGGUGAGUAAGUCAGCAGGACAAUCAUGACCCCAGAGGUGAAGCAAAGCCAUAUAGAUAAUUACAAACACUCAUGCUAUGGAGUAUCUUCAGAGAAAAAUUCCCAGGCGGAUACGAAACUGGUCAGUGGAGCUAGCAGCUUUGCAAAGCUUACCAUACAUUCCUGCCAGAUUAGUUUCUGUGUUACUAAGAAGAUCAGGAACAUUUCGCAGGCGUGUCCCUUCACCACUGUCAAUUCCAGACAUGGUAAUGGAGGAUCCGGUGGAGACAGUGCACCUGCUGCUCCAGGUGCUCUAGUUGGAAGACUAAGGAGCUCUUUUCUGUGCUGAGGUUCUCUAGCAUGGUCUGCUGCUGGAUGAGUGUCUCUGUCUGCUGAUGGAGUCGGCUUUCUAGUUCCGACUGGCUGCUGUUGCUUAAAGUUUUGUUGGUAAGCUGGUUCCUCUCAAUCCUUAAUCGUGCUUUACAGGGUGUUCUUUGUUCCAUGCAGAUCUUCUUCCGUGUAAUGAAAUUCCUGUUUUAUCUGGUCCAGUUUUGUCUCCAGCUCUUGUUUAGAGGUUUUCUGCCUAGCUAUCUGGUCUUGCAGAUCGUGUAAUUGUUCUCUUGCUGAUUCUGCUUCACCAACCUGCUGAACCUCCAUAUCCUGCAACUCAGAUCUCAACUGAUCUGAGUAUGUGGCUCAUCUGCUUCUGGAUCUCCUCCUUUUGCAUCUCCUUCUCGUGCCGAAGUUCUAGCUUCAUGUUGCCAGCAGUGCUGCUGUCUAGGCCUUCAAAACUGGAGCCUUCCUUUAAACUGUUUAUCAAUUUUUCUUUAGACUGGAGUAUUGUGUAGCUUUCUGCUUGUGGUCAGUUAAUUCCUGCUUAGAAGACUCCAAGAUCCACCUGUGUAGCUUGACUUGCUGCUGGAGCUCAUCAACCUCCUUCUCAGAGUACUUUCUUUCUGCCAGAGUAACCGCUUCUGCCAAAUUCUGAUGUUCCGCUUCCAUUUUAUUAAGGCGUGCAGUGAACUCACUCUGCAUCUGUUUGUAGCUCUCCUGCUCUCUUCAGAGUGGCACCCACCUCAUGCAGCCUCUGCUGAAGAGUUUGCAGAGCUUGGUUCUGUAGACUACUGCCUUCAUUGUUUGUGACUUCACUCUGCAAGGCUUCCCGUGCUUCCGUGGUCAGCCUCUUGCUGCAGCCGCACUUUGAGCACAGCCAGCUGGAGUCCUUUGCAGCCACUGCUUCAGUAAGGUCAUCAACUUGGGCUUGUCGUUCCUGAGUUAUUCGAUCACUUUUUGAAUGGUCAACAUUCCAUUUUUCAACUCUUGCCCUUGCCUUAUUUAAUUCUUCUUGAGUUUCUUUGGAUCUCUGAAGUAGUGUUAACUCUUAUGUGUCAGACUUGUGUUAGUGGGUAAUUCUUAAAAGCUUUGAAAACACUGCACGAUUCGUGUAACCCAGAAUUAUUUCGUUGUAACUUAUUCAGCUUGGCAAACGCUUUUGAUUUGGUGGGUUGAUAACAUGGUGUAUUUACUCAGUUGGAAACAAUUAUUUCUAAAUACUAUUUUUUUAAUCAUCUACCAGAUGGAGCAUACAAUAAAACUACCUGUACUAAAAAUUGGGAGAUCUUUAGAUCAUUUUAAAAGUAUUAAUAAUCGUUAGCUGCAUCAAUGAUAAAAGUGUUCUGUUUACCUAGAAAUUAUAAACAUUUAAAGUGUUAACAUCCUAUGAAUGCAGUGGAUUAAUAGAAUAAACAUUUUGCAAAAAUCA